UUGACGUUUCCGGUCGUAGGGCGCUUCGCUGGGUAAAAAAAAAAAAAAAAAAAACAUUUCGCAUUUAAUAAGCGUUUUUGAUGUUUUUGGUGAAUCUCAAUAAGACUAUUGUUUUUUAUCUGGCAGGUUUAACGUAGCCACGUUGUAAAACAUGCAUAUUAACGCGGCCCUUUGAUCUCACGAGUUGCAGGUUUUUGGUUUAAAGUAGCAUUAGCUAACUGUUUUCGCUUAGCUCCCGGUGUUGGCAUGCAUUGAAUAUACAGAUCUGGCUUUAACCGGGACUUAAACAAUCUAAAGAAAAGUCAGAGAAGGAUGUCUGAUUCAGACAGCGAUGAAGACCAGGAUCGUCCCUUUUCCAUCACUGGCUUCCUGUUUGGAAACAUCAAUGAAGAUGGGCAGUUAGAAGGGGACAGUGUUCUGGACAAUGAGUCCAAGAAGCAUCUCGCUGGUUUGGGGAACUUGGGUCUGGGGUCCCUCAUCACCGAGCUUACUGCCACCGACAAUGAGGAAAAGGAGGAAAACAGAGAACCUGUCAGCGUGGAUUCAGAAGGUUGGGUGAAAAGCACCGAUGAUGCAGUGGACUACUCUGACAUCAGUGAGGUUGCUGAGGAUGAGACUAAAAAGUACCGUCAGGCGAUGGGGUCUUUGCAGCCCAGCAGGAAAACAGACGAUGAGGAUGAUUAUGAUGCUGACUGUGAGGACAUCGACUCGAAGCUUAUGCCUCCUCCACCGCCUCCAAGUCUUUCUACUCCAGUUAAGAAGGAGGAAUCUCCCACCAGUACAAAUGUCGGUGAAGACGGCGAUGGCAUCAUCCUGCCCUCCAUUAUCGCGCCCUCCUCCACUGCCGAUAAAGUAGAUUUCAGCAGCUCUUCGGACUCCGAGUCAGAAACCGACCGACCCUGCCAGGGCUCUGGCGUUUUGGGACCCCCAGACAGACUCAACCUUCCUCUUGCUGGCAUCAUGCAGAAGGAUGCUGCCAAGGCAUUGCCGAGUGUCACGCAACUCUUUCCAGAGUUUAAGCCUGGCAAGGUCCUGAGGUUUUUACGACUGUUUGGUCCUGGAAAGAACAUGCCUUCGGUUUGGAGGAGCGCCCGCAGGAAAAAGAAGCGUAAACACAGGGACCCUCAGCCUGGGACGCCUCCACCAGAGGAAGACACCUUAGAACAAAGUCUGGAGAAAAGGUCUGGGUGGAUCUAUGAGUACGCGCUCCCUCCACCUCCAGAGCAGUGUCUCUCUGAUGAUGAGAUAACAAUGAUGGCUCCGGUGGAGUCGAAGUUCUCCCAGACGUCUGGCGAUGCAGACAAAGAGACCGAAUCUCGACCGAAAGUAGCAGAAUGGAGAUACGGUCCGGCCCAGCUGUGGUACGACAUGCUGGGCGUACCCGAGGACGGAAGCAACUUCAACUACGGGUUUAAACUCAAAGAAGAUAAUCUGAGUGAGACAGACGAGCAGGAUCUGCCUAUAGAAACAACAGAACCUCCUCGGGAGGCUCAGAAGGAGGAUAACGUGGAUGCUGAAGGCGACGAUGAUGAUGAGGAUGAUGAUGGAGAUAGAGUGAGGCGGGCUCUGGAGAAUGAGCUCUUCCUCAUGGUCACCCAGCUCCAAUGGGAGGACGAUAUUAUUUGGAACGGAGAAGAUGUGAAGCACAAGGGCACCAAGACUCAGAGAGCCAGCUUGGCAGGAUGGCUCCCGUCCAGCAUGACCCGGAAUGCUAACGCUUAUAAUGCACAGCAGGGUCUGACCCGCAGCAACUCUCAGCUUGUCCCACCAACACCUUUGCCCAUUCCCAAAGCUCCAUCAAUCUCUGGCUCCAAGCGGGAAAAAGGCAGCCAUGAUAAUCAAGCCUCUAUGGAAGAAGACUGUUCGUGGUUCUCCAUUUUUCCCAUCGACAACGAAGAGUUGGUGUACGGUCGCUGGGAGGAUAACAUCAUCUGGGAUGACCAGGAGAUGGACCACCUCCUCAUGCCGCCUGUUCUCACUCUGGAUCCCAACGAUGAGAAUAUCAUUCUAGAAAUUCCAGAUGAAAAGGAAGAGACGACAUCUCACUCCCCGUCCAAGGAGAAUAAGAAGGAGACGGCGAUCAAGAAGAGUCGCAUUCUGCUGGGGAAGACUGGCGUGAUAAAAGACGAGCCACAACAGAACAUGUCUCAACCUGAAGUUAAAGAUCCUUGGAACCUGUCCAACGACGAGUUCUACUACCCGAAGCAGCAGGGCCUCAGAGGAACCUUUGGUGGCAACAUCAUUCAGCACUCCAUCCCAGCCCUUGAGCUGAGACAGCCCUUCUUCCCCACUCACAUGGGUCCAAUGAAGCUUCGGCAGUUCCACCGACCAGCCCUGAAGAAAUACUCUUUUGGAGCCAUAGCACAACCGGGUCCUCAUGCGGUCCAGCCUCUGCUCAAACACAUAAAGAAGAAAGCAAAGAUGCGAGAGCAAGAGCGGCAGGCAUCCGGCGGUGGAGACAUGUUCUUCAUGCGAACCCCGCAGGACUUGACAGGCAAAGACGGAGAUCUGAUCCUGGCUGAGUACAGCGAGGAGUACCCACCUCUCAUCAUGCAGGUUGGCAUGGCAACCAAAAUCAAAAACUACUACAAAAGGAAACCUGGGAAAGAUCCUGGGGCCCCGGACUGUAAAUAUGGGGAGACGGUAUACUGCCAUACCUCCCCUUUCCUGGGAUCUCUGCAUCCUGGUCAGCUUCUUCAGGCUUUUGAAAACAACCUCUUCCGUGCCCCAAUCUACCUGCACAAGAUGCCUGAGACUGAUUUCUUAGUCAUACGAACUCGACAUGGCUACUACAUCAGGGAGCUUGUUGACAUUUUUGUUGUUGGACAGGAGUGCCCCUUAUUUGAAGUUCCAGGUCCAAAUUCCAAACGUGCCAACACCCACAUAAGAGAUUUCCUACAGGUGUUCAUUUACCGCCUGUUCUGGAAGAGCAAAGACAGGCCACGGAGAAUCCGCAUGGAGGACAUAAAGAAAGCUUUCCCCUCACACUCAGAGAGCAGCAUCAGGAAGCGACUCAAACUGUGCGCCGACUUUAAACGUACAGGUAUGGACUCCAACUGGUGGGUGCUGAAGCCAGACUUCAGGUUGCCCACAGAGGAGGAAAUCAGAGCCAUGGUUUCUCCAGAACAGUGCUGUGCUUAUUACAGCAUGCUGGUCGCAGAGCAGAGGCUUAAGGACGCUGGAUAUGGGGAGAAGUCUUUCUUUGCUCCAGAAGAGGAGAAUGAAGAGGACUUUCAAAUGAAGAUUGACGAUGAGGUGCGGACAGCUCCCUGGAACACAACCAGGGCCUUCAUCUCUGCCAUGAAAGGCAAGUGUCUGCUGGAAGUCACUGGAGUUGCAGAUCCCACAGGAUGUGGCGAAGGUUUCUCUUACGUGAAAGUGCCAAACAAGCCCACUCAACAAAAGGACGACAAAGAGCCGCAGCCUGCUAAAAAGACAGUGACAGGAACGGAUGCCGACCUCAGGAGGCUUUCUUUGAAGAACGCCAAGCAGCUGCUUCGAAAAUUUGGUGUCCCUGAGGAAGAGAUCAAGAAACUUUCCCGUUGGGAGGUUAUUGAUGUGGUGAGAACCAUGUCCACAGAGCAGGCCCGUUCAGGUGAGGGUCCAAUGAGCAAGUUUGCCAGAGGUUCUCGUUUCUCCGUCGCCGAACACCAGGAGCGCUACAAGGAGGAGUGCCAGAGGAUCUUUGACUUGCAGAACAAAGUGCUGGAGUCCACAGAGGUGUUGUCCACAGACACAGACAGCAGCUCGGCUGAAGACAGUGAUUUUGAGGAGAUGGGUAAGAACAUCGAGAACAUGCUGCAGAAUAAAAAGACCAGCUCGCAGCUUUCCCGCGAGAGGGAGGAGCAGGAGAGGAAGGAACUGCAGAGGAUGCUUCUGGGCGAGGAGAGCGAUCGUGACAACAAGGGACGCAAGGAACAUCGCAAAGGCUUGUCCAGUGCCUUGUCCACCGGCUCCCACAAAGACGACGACACCUCCUCCGUCACCAGCCUGAACUCGUCGGCUACGGGACGUCGACUCAAGAUCUACCGCACCUUCAAGGACGAGGAUGGCAAAGAGUACGUUCGCUGUGAGACGGUUCGUAAAGCUGCCGUCAUCGACGCUUACACCAGGAUCAGAACCACCAAGGAUGACGAGUUUAUACGAAAGUUUGCCCUUUUCGACGAGCAGCACAGAGAGGAGAUGAGGAAGGAGCGGCGGCGUAUUCAGGAGCAGCUCAGGAGGCUGAAGAGAAACCAGGAGAAGGACAAGUUCAAAGGUCCGCCGGAGAAGAAGUCCAAGAAGGUCAAGGAGAGACCAGACCUCAAGGUAAAACUGAAGUGCGGAGCUUGUGGAGCCAUCGGACACAUGAGGACCAACAAAUUCUGCCCACUGUACUACCAAAACAACGCCCCGCCAUCUAACCCUGUCGCCAUGACGGAGGAGCAGGAGGAGGAGCUGGAAAAGACCGUGAUCCACAACGACAACGAGGAGCUCAUCAAGGUGGAGGGCACUAAGAUUGUGCUUGGGAAGCAGCUGAUUGAGAGCGCUGACGAGGUGCGCAGAAAGUCCCUGGUGCUCAAGUUUCCCAAGCAGCAGCUACCACAGAAGAAGAAAAGACGCGUCGGCAGUGCGGCCCAUUGUGAUUACCUCAAUAAACCCCAUAAGGCCAUCCAUCGCAGACGCACUGACCCCAUGGUGACGCUGUCCUCUGUGCUGGAGGGAAUCAUCAACGACAUGCGGGAUCACCCCAACACGUACCCUUUCCACACACCGGUCAACGCCAAGGUGGUCAAGGAUUACUAUAAGAUCAUCAACCGGCCCAUGGACCUUCAGACGCUGAGGGAGAACGUACGGAAGCGGAUGUAUCCGUCCAGGGAGGAAUUCCGUGAGGCGGUUGAGCUGAUCGUCAAAAACAGCGCAACCUACAAUGGAGCGAAACAUCCAAUAACGCAAGUAGCACAGUCCAUGCUGGACCUGUGUGACGCUAAACUCAAAGAGAAGGAGGAUCGGCUGGUGAGGCUGGAGAAGGCAAUCAACCCCCUUCUGGAUGACGACGACCAGGUGGCCUUCUCCUUCAUCCUGGACAACAUUGUCACUCAGAAAAUGAUGGUGGUUCCUGAUUCAUGGCCGUUUCACCAUCCUGUCAAUAAAAAGUUUGUGCCGGAUUAUUAUAAGGUCAUUGUAAAUCCCAUGGAUCUGGAGACAAUCCGGAAGAACAUCUCCAAGCAUAAAUACCAGAAUCGGGAAACUUUUCUUUCAGAUGUCAGUCUCAUCCACACCAACAGCAGCAAAUACAACGGUCCAGACAGUCCUUACACCAAGACCGCCCUGGAGAUCAUUAGUGUGUGCAAAGGGACGCUAGCAGAGUACGACGAGCACCUGACCCAGCUAGAAAAGGACAUCUCUACGGCUAAGGAGGCAGCUCUGGAUGCAGCAGAGCUGGAGAGUCUGGACCCCAUGACGCCUGGGCCUUACACCCCCCAGCCUGCUGAUCUGUUUGACAGCGUGGCUUCAGGGAGUCUACCCAGAGAGUCUAGCAGCCUUUUCUCUGAGGGACCUCUGCUGGUUGCUCCAGAGAAGAGAGGGGGGCAGGGACGACACAUCAGGAGACCUGGAGAGGAGGACUCUGAUGUGGACAUUGAGGGCUUCGAGGAGGAAGAUGAUGGCAAACCCAAAACCCCUGCCCCUGCAGAGGAUGCUGAUGGAGAUCUAGAGGAUGAAGACGAUGAAGAGAUGCUGUUGCCACCUCGCAGGCGGCAGCACGACCACGAAGCGGAGGAUGACGACGAUGAGCGUGGGAGGUCCAGCCAUCCGGCCCAGUCCAGCGUCCUGUAUCAGGACCUGCUCAUGUCUGACGUAGAGGACGACGCCAGCGACGAAGAAGGGGACAACCCGUUCUCCGGUAUUCAGCUGUCGGAGAGUGGCAGCGACUCGGAAAGGGAGGUGGAUAUCCGGCCUGCACCCCCACGGAGAGCUCAGGACACGGCCCGCAUGGGCAUGGAGCAGGAUGAGAGCAUGAUGUCGUAUGAAGGGGUUGGCAACGAACACAUGGAAGACAGCAACAUUAGCUACGGCAGCUAUGAGGAGACGGAGAGUCGCAGUCAAAUGCAGGCAUCCAGCAUGGGCAACGGAGAAGAGUAUGGCAUCAGUGAAGAGGAGGAGGACGAAGAGGAUGAGGCGCGGAGAAGAGGCCCAGCUGUCCUGUCCCAAGUCCCGCUCAGUGAAGACGAAGACAGUGAAGAGUUUCGAUCCAUCGGAGGAGACAGUGACAUGGACUCUGAUAAUUAGUGAGCAGAGAAUCCUUAGUUUCUCUGCUAAAAGCUUUAAACAAACAUUUUGUACAUAAUUAUUGUUUACUGCUGCCGUUGUAGAAACCUUUUAGCGGCUCGUUGUAAAUUAAAGCUUUUUCCUUUUUUAUGUAAACUGAUUAAUAACAGUGAAUCUUGCUCAUUUUUCUGCUGGUUUAACUCUAUGAUGUGCACAGCAGCUAUUGGAUGCUUCUAAACUGCAGACGAGCAGAAAACUAGUUAUAAAGAAGUAAAUAAAUGUGUAAAAAUACAGACAUUGCUGCCAAAAAUAAAACUUCACUUCCUCCUUGGUUGGGAGUUUGAU